CUGAACAAUACAAUCGGAAAUAAGUGUUUCUAAACAGAAUACAAUAAAUUAAGCAUUUAUAAUGGCAGGCCGCGGAAGGGGCGGCAAGACAGGCACCCUCACGGCGGAGCAAAUGGCCAUGUUGGGAUGCACAAAGGAUAUGCCGGUGCAGACGGCGCCGCCACCUACAUUUCCGCCUGUUUUGAACAGACCCACUACCCUAGAAACAACAGCCACACAGAACUAUCAGCUCCUGUGGAAGGAGGACUUUCUGAACCGAAUGCGAGAUUCCCCCUAUUACAUGAUCUCCGCCAGUCGGGACGCAAAAAACCUUGAUCACAAGGACUGGCGAGAAAAAGCCAUGGAGCGCAUGAAGCUCACAGCACAACCCGAUUUUAACUACAAAGCCAUGCCCCAAGAGCUAAACAUCUCCAGUCGAAAACGUCGUGGAGCAGAUGCAAGGCCGAAUCUGCUGACCAAGAAGACAAACAUCGAGGACAGACUGAAGGUUCUGGAGCAGAAAGAACUGAAAUCAGGUGGCGGUGAGCAGGACGAGAACAAACAAGAGUCCGAUUCCGAACAGGAGGAGGAGGAAGAUCCGGAGGCGGCGUUGGAUGAUGAGAUGGACGAGGACAACGACUACGGUGCAACGUACUUUGAUAAUGGAGAAGCCUUCAAUGAUGAGGACGACAACUUGGACGAUGGUCCCGUUUACUGAGACAAAUAAAACCAUCGAACUG